GAUUGAUGAUCACGUGAUCAUACAUGAUACGUUGAUUGAUUGGCCACACCUUUUCGGUUUGUGUUUCGCUUAAAUUCUCAUCCAAAAAAUCGAAUAAUUUUUGGUUUUUCCAAAAUCGAAUCAUGUCUGAUAAUGAUUCUGUUGAACUGAUUUCAUUUGAAUCGAAUACGAAUGAUUUACGAAAAAGAAAAUCCGAUCAAAAUGAUGAUUAUGAAACCGAAGAAGCUAAACAAAUUCGUAAAAUAAUUGAACAACAUUGUGGUGUGUUUAAAUUUUCAACAAAUAUAAAAUUAUAUUGUAAUUUUUGUCAAUUAGAACUGUACGAUUAUAGUGAUGAAAAUGUACAAAAACAUUUAUAUGAUGUUGGACAUUUGGAAAAUUUUCUAAAAAAUCCAUCGAAAAUAACAACAACAACCACUAAUAAUAAUAAUAAUAAUAAUCGUAAAAGUCGAUCACCAGAAAUUUUUAAUGGUAAUCGUUGUAUAACAUUGGUUACAAAUGAAUUAGUUUUAGUAAGUGAUGAUGAAGAUGAAACUGGUGAUCCGGAAACAAAUAAAAUCGAUAUUGUUAUCAAUGCAUAUCAAUCUGGGAUAUUGGCAAAUAGAAAAUUUGAUAAAAUUCAUUGUAUACCAUGUGAUUGUGAAUUACGUGAUUCAUUAUUGUUGGUGAAAAAACAUUUACUAAAAGAUCGUUUACAUUUAAAAAAUAUGCUGAAAAUUGAAAAUUCAUUAAAACAAUCAUCAACAAGUGAUAAUCAAGAAUUGAUUAUUGGUUCGAAAAAAAUUAAAGAAUUUGUUGAAAAUAAUUUCGAAUGUCUUGAAUGGGAUGGACCGGCAAUGAUUCAUUGUAAAGUUUGUCAUAAAGUUAUACAGGCUAAACAUCAUAAUCUUGUACGUCAUUGUCAACGACGAUCACAUAAAUCACGUCUUGAAUUAUUACUGUCGGGUGAUAAAUCAAUUUCAACAGCAGAUAAAAUUUUUAGUGAACAAAUUCAAAUGGAAAAAGAAAAAUUAAAAAUAUUAAUUGAAUCAAAUCAAGAUUGUUUAUUAGUGCAUUCGAAUCAAAUUUAUUGUCGUUUAUGUACAAAAAUUAUUGGUACAAAAUAUAAUAAUGUUUUACGUCAUCUAAAUCGUUCAUUACAUGUUACACGUAAAAAAUCAGCCGAAAAUGUUAAUGAUUCGAAUGAUUCGAUGAAUGAUGAUCAACAGCAAUCAUCAUCAACAGCAACAACAAAUUUACAGGAAAAUGUUGAAAAAAUAUUUGAAAAUUUAUUACAAAAAGAACAAAAUCGUAUGAAUCGUUUAAUGGCAAAACAUUCUAAACAUUUAGUAUUCUAUAAUCAAUGUGAAAAUAUUCUUUGUAAACCAUGUAAACGAAUUAUGUUAGCAAAAUAUGUUAAUAUACAUAAUCAUUUACGACGACAAUGUCAUAAGGAUAAAGUUGCAAUAUAUGAUCAAUCGGAAUCAGAAUCGAUAAAUUCAAAUUCAACAAUGAAAAUUAUUGAAUUAACGGAUGACAAUAUUGUUUCGGAAAAUGAACAUGAAUCUGAACAGAAUCUGAACGAUUCGGUCGAAACCAUUGGCCAAGAACAAGUUAUAUUCAUUGAACAAAUAUCUAUGGGUGAUCUCAAUUAAUGUAUU